AAGAAACAGCUCUCAGAUUUUCAAAGCACUCUUUGAUUGGUGUCGUAGAAGGUGCUAGUGCAUGCAAUUCGAACAGGACUUUAUUGUUUUCUAAUUGUUUGCCGUCAGGUGGUUGAGAUUCAUUCAUAAAUUUCGCGUGCGUAGAUCAGUGACUGAUUAUUUUUGAAAUGUUAUCGACGAAUUCGAUGUCGGUUGCCAUCAACGCCUCGACGGCGACGAGCGUCGCGGCGGCCGCCGUUUCGGUUCUCCAAGAUAACAAUUCUUCACAGACAAUCAACGGUGGCUCGGCCAACUCACAACAACUCGAUAAAAGUGAGAUUAAUGAUGCGGUUACUAAAGUUUUGCAAGGGUAUGACUGGACGCUAGUGCCCAUCGCAUCCAAGGCUGCUUCCGACAAGCGAAAACUGCACGUGAAACGCCCAAUGAACGCUUUUAUGGUGUGGGCCCAAGCCGCCAGACGGAAAUUAGCUGAUCAGUAUCCACAACUCCACAAUGCGGAACUGUCAAAAACACUUGGCAAGUUAUGGAGACUACUGAGCGACGUGGACAAGAAACCCUUCAUCGAAGAAGCCGAACGCCUCCGUGUGAUCCACAAGCGCGAACACCCCGACUACAAAUACCAACCUCGCCGAAGAAAACAGAACAAAAGUCCCGGCGACUCCAUGCUCCAACUCCCCCACGGCCAAAACGUCACCUUCUCCCGCUCCCUCAAACAGGAAGACUCCCCUUGCAGUCCCCGCAGCCACAGCUCCACCUCUCCCUCCACUUGUUCCUCGCAACCUCACAGUCCCGCCAUCCAACCCCAAACCCUCCGCUCCUGUCUGGAGCAACACAACCUGGACUUCAACCGACUCUCCGAAAUAGACAAUAGUUACAUAUCGGAGGAUUGUAUCGACAACAGCGACCUGGACCAGUACUUCCCCUCAGAGACCAGCCAGUCCUACCAACCCAGUUACCCCCAGAACUACGCCAAACACCCAACGGAGGAAGAGACCAACAAUAACUACAAGAGCAAGAGGUUGUGCACGGAGAACAUCGCGCACCAGGAGGCGUACGAAGAAACUGCGUCGUCUGCUGGGAGGUACCAUGAGCUGCAGCCGAGCUCUGUGGUCAAAGCUGAAAGAUUUGUUCCACCUAAUGCUUCGGUAAUGUACAGUUACCAGUCGGGAGCGCCCAUUGGUUCGACUUCCGCUUAUUACACGAGUAGUGGCCAUCAGUAUUUACCUUCGUACCAGUAUUUGCCCCAAAGGCCCGUUUUUGGAAACUCCUCCCUGACUUACAACGGUGAGAGUAAUCCUGAACCGUGGGGACAUUACACGCUGUAGUCUGACUGAAACUUGUUGCAAAACGUGAUAUUUAAGUUGCUUUGUAUUUUAUUUGAUGUAAGUACUUACAAUAUUUUAUUACUUUAUUAUUGUAGACAAAAAUGUUUCUCUUGAAGCCAAAGAAAUCAUUUAAUCACAACCAAGAGAAACGUUUGUUAAGUUAUUCUAAGCGUCUAGGUAGGUCUUGUUUUCUAUGAUACCAUGCUCUGUUUUAAGUGCAUGUUUGUACUUAUAAAAUAAGUGCCUUAGGUCCGAAUAUUUUUAUAUAAAAUUAGCUAAUUACAUAGAGUCCUUUAUAUCCAAAUAAACGUGUCGAAUAUAA